AUGAUCGAGAAGCUUCUUCAUCGAGGAUACGGCUUUGAUCAGUUCAGGCGUUCCUUUUCUCGUCACAUGCCGAUGUUCAGGGAAGAAGGGUAUCCAGAGUUGGCCGAUUCCUUCACUGCCGAUUUUGCUGUUCUGGAGUCGGAGGUCCGAGAGUUGAAGGAGCUGAAGGCUAACGGGGUUUCUUCCUUCGUGUCCUCUCAGAUGGAGCAUAGGCUGGCACAGUGGCGCGAUAUGCGAUCUUCCAUCGGCAAUGAGCUUCAGUCACAUGAGCAUUCCGCUGCGCAGCUGAUGGCUACCGUGGCGAGGAAGGAUGCAGAUAGGGCCGAGCUACUCCACUCUUUGGAGUCCAGCCGCGAGGACAUUGCUAGGUUGAAGGAGGCCUUGAAGCACGCCGAAGAGUCCGCUACUCUUAUUGCAGAAGACCUGGCUGGAUUAGAGCGUUCUCGUGAACAAACGCUCGAGAAGUUGGGAUAUACCCAAGAGAGAUUGAUGCAGCUGAAGAAUGAAGCCGCAAAGAUCUUGAGCGGUUCUGAAGAAGCCGUCCGAGCUAGCCUGCAGGCAGACCUUGAGCGGAGCUAUGUAGACAGGCUUUCUAGUUUGGAGUCCCAUGUUCUUAGCCGGGAGCGGGGCGGCGUCGUCCAAAUCUCCGGAGAAACCAGCGGCCACGGAGACAGCAGCGAAAGCUCCGGCGGCGGCGGGGGAGACAUUGUGCGCCGAGUGGUGAAGGAUAAGCUCUCUGAGCUGGCCGCUUCCUGUUCCUCUCGCAAGAGCAAAAAUAGCAAAGAUGAAGAGGGAGAAGGAGAAGAGAUGUCCGUACAAAAAGACGCCCUCCUCGCUUUCGCUGAAAGCACUCGGAUCUUCAUCCAUUACCUCUCCGCCACGGCCAAUGACAUCUGUAAGGAAUCGAGGAGACAAACAAUCAAUGCUGAUGAUGUUCUCAAGGCAAUUGAGGAAAUUGAGUUUCCUGAAUUCAUUGAGCCACUAAGAGCUUCUUUGGAAGAAUUCAGGAAAAAGAAUGCGUCUAAGAGGUCUGCAACAAAUGCAAAGGCAAGAGAAUCACGGAAGAAACAGAGAUCCGAUAAUGAGGAACCUAGAGAGAAUGAGGAGCAUGCUGAAGAAGUUGCUGAGGAAGAGGAAAAGGAAGAAGGCGAAGAACCUGAUGAAAAUGAGUAGUGUACUUUUGUUGUAUAAUCUCAUACUGUUGUUGUUGUUUACUUCUGUAUACUAUGAUGAGAUGAGAUGAGAUGGGAGAUGCUGGGACGAUGAAAUUAAGUAUCUGUGUACCCAUCAAGUUCCUAUCGUCAUCGGUAGUUUUUUAACUAAUUUUACCAUUAACAGGUGGAUGAAAUUGGGUAUCUACGUACCCAUCUAGUUCCUUUCGGUAGCUUUUUAA